GUCCCUGCUGUGCCGGCUGCAGAGAUUGAACAAUGAAGCUGCCCCUCCUGUCCUGGGCCCUGCUACUUCUGGCAUCAGCCCCUGGCCCAGGCCCCCAGCCAGCAUCAGGUUCGGGGAGCUGCUCCCAACGCUGUGGGGAGCAGAGUGGGCUAUGUUCCUGCCAUCCAACCUGCGAGGGCCUGCAGACCUGCUGCUCCGACUUCCUGUUCUUCUGUCUAAAGGUCCUGCCCUACUCAGGCUCCCUGAUGGGAGGCAAGGAUUUCGUAGUGCAGCACCUCCACUGGAGCAGCACCACCACAGGCGUGAUCUGCAGGUUUAAUGAGAGCAUCGAGACCCUUGGUCACGUAGACACCCAGGGACGUGUGCACUGUGUGUCACCCUUGCUCUACGAGACUGGCCGCAUCCCCUUCACAGUCUCCAUGGACAAUGGCAUCUCCUUCCCACGCUCAGGCACCUGGCUGGCUGUGCACCCCAGCAAAGUGUCCCAGACAGAGAAGAGCCAGCUGGUGAAUGAGACUCACUGGCAGUACUACGGCACCGCGGGUAACAUGGGGAGACUCACCCUGAACUGGAGCACCCAGGCCCUGCCCACGCAGGACGUGACCAUCGAACUGUGGGGCUAUGAGGAGAAAGGGAAGCCAUACUCAGAUGAGUGGACAGCACACUGGUCGUACCUGUACACCCUGGCCUUGAAAAUCCCCAACUCUGGCACCUUUACCUUCCUUCCAACACCUGCGCCUCAAAUCUACCAGAAAUGGAAAGUGGGUGCGCUUCGUAUCAUCAGCAGCAGACACUACGCAGGAGAGAAGGAUGUGCACUCACUCUGGAGCAACGAGCACGCACUGGCCUGGCACCUGAGCGAAGACUUCCGGAAGGACUCUGUGGCCUGGGCCAGGGCUCAGUGCCUGGCCUGGGAGGAGCUGGAGGACCAGUUGCCCAACUUCCUGAAAGAGCUGCCUGACUGUCCCUGCACGCUGACCCAGGCUCGGGCCGACUCUGGCCGCUUUCAUACAGAUUAUGGCUGCGACAUCGAACAAGGCAGCGUGUGCACCUACCACCCUGGGGCCGUCCACUGUGUGCGCUCCGUGCAAGCCAGUCGCAAGUAUGGCUCGGGACAGCAGUGCUGCUACACGAAAGAUGGCACACAACUCCUGACAGCCGACUCGACCGGCGGCAGCACCCCAGACCGAGGCCACGACUGGGGAGCACCCCCAUUCCGCGUACCGCCCAGGGUGCCCGGCCUCUCCCACUGGCUCUACGAUGUCAUCAGCUUCUACUACUGCUGCCUCUGGGCACCCGAGUGCCACCGCUACAUGCAGCGGCGGCCCUCCAGCGACUGCCGCACCUACCGGCCCCCUCGUGUGGCUUCCGUGUUUGGGGAUCCACAUAUCAUUACCUUCGAUGGGGCCAACUUCACGUUCAAUGGGCAGGGAGAGUAUGUGCUGCUGGAGGCGGAGCUGACCAACCUGCGGGUGCAGGGACGGGCCCAGAAUAGGACGGCACCCCAGGGUUCAAUGAUCAGAGGCACAGGGCUGACGGCCGUGGCGGUCCAGGAGGGGGACUCCGACGUGGUGGAGGUCCGGCUGGCUGCCAGUGUACUGCAGGUGCUGCUGAACCAGCAGGUGCUCAGCUUCACCGAGCAGAGCUGGAUGGACCUGCGGGGCAUGUUCCUGUCAGUGGCUUCUGGAGACAAAGUAUCGGUCAUGCUGUCAUCGGGGGCUGGUCUGGAGGUCAACAUCCGGGGUCAGUUCCUGAGUGUGUCUGUCCUGCUGCCUGAGAAUUUCCUUAACAACACACGAGGCCUGCUGGGAACGCUCAAUGGUGACCCCAAAGAUGACUUCACCCUGCCCAAUGGGGAGGUCUUGUCUCCCAACGCCAGUUCCCAAGAGCUAUUCGAGUUUGGGGCUCGCUGGGCUGUGAAGAACAGCUCAUCUCUGCUCACCUACGACUCCGUGGACCUGGUCCACGCGUUCCUCCAUGGACCCAAGCACGAUCCCACCUUCAAGCCCCUCUUCCCGGAGGACAUAUCCCUCAACCCAGACCAGGGAACUGAGGUGGCCAAAUUGUGUGGGGGCGACUACUUCUGCAGCUUUGAUGUGGUGGCCACCAGGAGCCUGGACAUGGGCAACGCCACACGGAUGGCCCAUCAGUCGCACCAGUGGCUUGUGCAGAGCCUGCAGCCAGUGGUUUCCUGUGGCUGGCUGGCCCCACCCCACAAUGGGCACAAGGAGGGCAUCAGGUAUCUAGUAGGCUCCACCAUCCACUUCAACUGUGACAGUGGCUACAGCCUUGUUGGGGUGAAUGCCAGCACCUGCCAGAGUGAUGGCACCUGGUCCAGGCCCACCCCGACUUGCGAACCAGGCCGGAGCUACACGGUGCUGCUGAGUAUCAUCUUUGGAGGACUGGCCGUGGUGGGAGUGGCCGUGCUCCUCUACAUGCUGCUGAGACACAGGAAGGGCCUCAGGGGCCGCUGGAGCUCACAGCCCUGAGGACCUGGGGGCAGGAGGCCAACAACCAGCCUCCCAGGAAAAAGACCUACACUCCUCAGAAUGUGCACCCCAUACUUGGAUCCCCAGAUCCCUAGCACCACAUCUGUGGGAUCUGGAUGCCUGCUCUCUGAGCCUUUAAUGCCUAGGGACCCAUGGCCAGUGCCCAGCUCUGCCAUGUCACCUGGACCCCAAGAUCUGAGUGUGCAGUUCCUGAGGCCAGCACUCAGCGCUCUGCUCCCCAAAUAUUCAAGGCUCCAAUUCCCAUACCCAACACUCCAUACCCUUGAAUUUCAGAGCCUGAUCCUCCCUGUACUCAAAUGCCAAUACCUCAGAUCCCUGGGCCCUGAUCCCUGAUAUGCUGAGACCUGGUUGCCAAUAAGGGAGCCUAGGACUGAUUCCUGGUCAGGCCUGAGACUGCAAGGCCCCAACAGGUACGGAGAGACCUGGGGACCUGCAAGUGAGGUCUCCCUUUGAGUUCUAGGUUUGUACUUCUAGGCCUUCUGGAAAGUAAUUUGAAACCCCUCCCUGCUAAUACAAAGAGAAAACAAGCUUGUGGUGUCACUGUUCCGAUGUCCUGGUGUUCAUGCUGGAUCUCAAUUC